AUGAGGCUGUCCAUCUUUCUCCUACUGGUCACUCUGGCCCUUUGCUGCUACCAUGCUAAUGCCCUCGUUUGUCCAUCUAUUAUUUCUGAAGUAACGAAUUUCUUAUUUGGUACUUCGACUACCGAGAGAUUACAACUUCAAUCAUUUGGCAUACCUGAGGAAAUUAUUCUGUCUAAGUUGGAAUUGAAGAAAUGCACGGAUCAGAUCCCUUUGGAGAAGAGAGAACUAAUUAUGUCAACACUGGAACAGCAUGAGUGA